AUGGAUAAGUACAAGAACCUUCUCAAAGUCAUUGCUGUCCAAGAUCUCAUCCUAGCAAACCCCACCAACCCUGCAGUGUCCAUUGAUUUUCUCUCCAGGCUCUCUCAAAAGCUCCAUCUCAACCGUGGUGCAGUCUCCUUCCUCCGCAAAUACCCUCACAUUUUCCACAUUUACCAUGAUCCCAUGAAGUCCCAGACCUUCUGCAGAUUAACCGACGCUGCUAUUCAAAUUUCUAAAGAAGAAGCAGAGGUCAUCAAUGCCUCGUUGCCACUUGUUGUUGAUCGAUUGGUUCGACUUCUAUCAAUGUCUCGUUCCAGGAUGUUGCCACUCCGUGCCAUUUUGAAAGUUGGCAGGGAACUUGGGCUUCCUGAUGAUUUUGAGGAUUCUGUAAUAUCCAGAAACUCCCAUCUUUUUCAACUUUGUGAUGCUCAUGAGCCCAAUACUCACAACUUGAAACUGUUUGAUGUAAUUCCUGACAAGUUUACUGCAGCGGUUGAGAACUGGAGGGUAGAGGAAUAUUGCAAGGAGGGUUGCAAUGUUGAUAGGGCUGAAAUUCAGUUUAGUUUUAAACAUGGGUAUCCUCCAGGGAUGAGGUUAAGAAAGAAUUUUAGGGCCAAGGUUAAGGAAUGGCAGAGGUUGCCAUAUGUGGGACCAUAUGAUGAGGUGUCUGAGAAGAAGAGGUCAUCUAAGGCAGGAAUGAUGGCUGUGGAGAAACGGGCAGUUGCAACUGUUCAUGAAUUCUUGAAUUUGACAGUAGAGAAGACAGUUGAAGUGGAAAAAAUCAGCCAUUUCAGGAAAUGGUUUGGCUUUGAUUUGAAUAUAAGGGAUUUGUUCUUGGAUCACCCUGGGAUAUUUUAUUUGUCGACCAAGGGAAAGAGACACACUGUUUUUCUCAGAGAAGCUUAUGAGAGGGGUUGUUUGAUUCACCCAAAUCCGGUUUAUCAUGCAAGGAGAAAGCUUCUGGAUCUUGUAGUUUUGGGACGUCAUGGCUUGUUAACUGAUGAGCUGAGGUCCAUUGCUAGUAACAAGGAGGCUGAGUCACUGGGACAGUACGAUGGAGAAACCUGUAUCUCUGAUUAA